ACCAUUUCUACCAAGCAACAUCUAUAGUUAUUUUGUGAUUGGUGAAAAUUGGGUACGUGGUUAUACGAUGGUCGUCGAAGAAAAAAGUAGUGAUUCGUUUAAGGAAAAUCAAAUAAAUGAUGACACGACACCGAUGGAGCAGAAGACGUACUCGAUGGAAAUUCUGAAAAUAAUAAAAGAAGCACAGCAACAACAUGGGUUGAGACAUGGUGACUAUCAACGAUACCGUGGAUAUUGCUCAAGAAGGUUGAGACGCCUUAGGAAAGUUCUAAAAGUCCCACAAGGAGACAAGCGUCAUUUUAAGAGAAGAGACAUAACAGCCAUGAUGGUUACAGAUGAUAAAUUUUUACAAGUUCCCCUAAUGAUGGCAGAACGUGCUUGGAGUUAUGCUAUGCAAUUGCGUCAAGAAUCUAAUACACAGGCAAGGAAAAAGUUUCACCUGAUAUCAAGACUGAGGAAAGCUGCUACAUAUUCUUUACAGUUGCAAGAACUGAUAGAGAGUGUCAAUUGUGAUGCAAGGACAAAAUUAGAAGCUCAAGCAUAUGUAGCAUGGAUACAUGGGUCCCUACAUUUUGAAUUGCAAUUAUGGAAGAAAGCAAUGGAAAAUCUGAAAAAGGCUCAGGUGGUAUAUGGGAAAUUGGCAUCUGCACUACCAGAAUCUGAGCAAGUAAUGUACAACGCUCGUGUCGAGGAGCUUGCUCCCAGUCUUAGAUACUGUGCCUAUAAUAUAGGAGAUACCACUGCUAUAGAUGAUUUAAUGCAAAUGAGAGGACAACUAAGUGGCGAGUUGUUAGCUAGUUUAGAUUCAUUGAUAGCUCAAACUCGAGAGAAACAAACAAACGCCGAAGAAGUGACCUGGCGGGGCCAGUCCUGCGGUGUAGUUCCAUCAAGAGCAGCUGGUCUUCUAAUCGCCGAUUCUAGACUAAACCAGACAUUAGAGAAAACAGCUACAAAUCAAGCUAAGAUUGAUUUACUGGAAGCGCACUUGAUAGAUUGCAAAGAUGCGAUUUCAGCUGUAAGAGACUUAUUCAAAAAUGAGUUAAAGAAUAAGGACAAUGACAAGCUAUCUCCUCCACAGCAUUUAAUUACAUAUUUGCAAUACAUCAGACUGUCUCGUACACUAGAAAGGAACUUAGCAUUGAUCAAUGCAGCAGCAGAAUCUGCUAAAACAAAACCACAAGAUAUCGUGCGGUUAUAUGAGGCAGCACUUCACAAUCUUGUUGAAAUAUCACAGCUACAGGAUGAUGAAGAGUUUGUACGUGAGCAAGAAGCUAAAACUAAGGGAUACAGAGCUUUUAAAUGUUAUUACAUGGCACAAUCAUUAGCAAAUCUUCACAGAUGGAGAGAAGCCAUGACCUUGUAUCAAAGAUCUGCACAACAUGCAAAAGAUGCACUAGGAUAUGGUAAAAUACUUCCAGAAUCGUUGAAAGAAGCUCUUGAAAAGCUAGAAAUUUCUAUAGAAGGUGCCAAGUAUACAGCACAUGCACACAGCGUUUUAGAAGAUGGACAAGAAGAGGAAUCUGGUGUUAAUAAAUAUACAAAAACGAAGAAACCAUUGCAUGAACGUUUACACGAGUACAGAGAAGAUAAUGCGCUUCUUACAAAACAACCUAAUGUUUACAAAUUGCCACCAUCUAUGCAACCUAUCUCCUGCAAACCACUGUUCUUUGAUUUAGCCUUCAAUAUGGUUGAAUUCCCUGACCUGAGUGAGAAACUUGGUAACCAAACUAAGAAAGGAGGUCAAGCUGGUCUUACAGGAUUUGUUAAAGGUCUUUGGGGUUGGGGUAACAAAUAAAACAGGGGAAACAUUUAAGAAACAUUCAAUUUUGGAUAUUAUCGCACAUAGUACGAUAAUGUAUUUUUACCGUAUUCAAUCGGCUCGACAAAAACCGAGUUUUCACUUAUAACAACAGCAAUAUUGAAUAAUGAAAAUAAAGAGGAUAUUAUUAAUA